AAUGGAUUCUGGUAAAGACUGGAAUGAAGAUUUAGAUAUGAGCUAUAUUGAAAAUAGGAAAAAGUCAUUUCUAAAGUGGAAAUACGAUGAUAGAUUAUCUGUAACAUUAUUAAUAGAUAGUUUCUUUUAUUACUUGGGUGAAAUUGAUGCUACAAAAUGUUUCUCCUGUAAUCUUGUUGUAAAAGAUUGGAAGAAAAACUCAAAACCAUUGACUAUCCAUACGCUUCUAUCUCAGAAUUGUCCUAUGAUAAAGGAAUAUUUUAACGAAUAUUUCAUGAAUAAUAACAAAGAAGAAUUGAUUUUAGAAUAUGAGAAUAAGCUUUUGGAGUGUCAACCAUUAUAUCCUGAUAUGAUGAGGUAUAGUUGUCGUCUAGAGUCUCUCUCAGAAUAUGACAUCAGUCUCCUUGAAAAGGAAUUGUGCGCUACUACAGGAUUUAUAAUGAAAGAAAAACAAAUUUUAACAUGUUUUCAUUGUGGAUGUAGUUUGAGAGGAGAAAACAUUGAAAAUCCUUUUCAGGAACAUGCAAAAUUUCAACCGUAUUGUUUAUUUCUAAUCAACAGGAAAGGUGCUGAAUUUGUAGAUGAACACAAGCUGAAUUUUCCAGUCAAAGAUGAAAAUUAUCCUCGAGAAGUCAGAGCAGCAAUAGAUACAGACGUCGCUAAACUACUUUCAGAAUUAAAAGACUGGAAUAUUGUUCUUCGAUCAAUUGAAUUUGUUUGUAAUGAAAUGGCAAAUGUUGUCACCCUUCCUUGCGGAUGUUUGGCAGUUUGUUCUAAAUGUGCUGAUUCUGUUGUAAAUUGUCAGAGAUGUGGUACGUUUAUUAGUGGAACAGUAUUAAUUUUUCAAGGGCCAUGUACGAAUGAUCGUGAAUUAGAUUUAAUAUCCUGUUUUAAAAUUGACCGUCAUAUUAUCAAUGAGACUCUUGAACCGGAAUCGAAGAGGCACGAACCAGUUAUCAAGUAUCUGUAUUAUGGAUGGGGUGUUCUAUUAGGAGGUCUGUACGGAUCUUGGUCGGAUUCUAUUGGUAGAGGAUCGUCUAUGAUGGUUAUAUCUAUUGGAUUGAUUAUAUUUAACUUUUUAAAUAUUUUCGAUUACGAUAUCUUAGGAAAUAUGGAACCUAUUCUACUAUAUAUCUCUAGGAUAAUUGUUGCCUUGACUAGGUUGGGAAUUCGACCCUUCCAACUACUCCCUAUACUUAUAUCUGAACCAAAUCAGGAGCCCUACUUAAUUAUUAGUAUUAUGGGGGGAUUAACGUCAAUAACUGGUUCUGCUAUUCUAUCGCAGUUAAUUCGAUUAGUUGAACCUGAUGAGUAUGGAGUGGUGUUGGGAACAACUUUCGGAUUAACUUGUUUAUUACAAAUUCUAGUUGAGUUCUUCGGUAAAAAAGUAGUAUAUACCUAUAUUUAUAAACCUCUGAACGUUAUAUGGGGGCCAAUACUUGUCAUAUCUUGUUUAUUAUUCCUUAUAAUGGGACUCAAUAUACGGGGUAUUAUGAAUCACAAUUUUGAGUCUUACUACAACCAUUUGAAUAAAGUAAACACUCAAAAGAAAGAAGGGUCUGAAAUAACCAUGCAAACACCGCAAGACCGAAGAUUAUAUAAUAGAAAAUUUCGUAAUAAUUAUUAUCCGAAAAUAAGGUCAGCAGAACUAAAUUCUGAAGACUCUGAGUUCAGAUCUGAAGUUAAAGGUGAUAAUCAAAUUAGAAAUGAUAAUUUUCAAAUUAAUAACGGCAGUCUUAACAAACAUCUUAAUGAUGAUGAUGAUGAUCCGCAUAGUACAAUUGUAUUUCCAAUUCAAUAUUAUUCUCACUCCUCGGAUAAUUUAUCGAAUUCUUCAUCAAGCAACGACGACGAAAGGGUUGAUAGUAUAUUUAGAAAGUCUAUUUCUGAAAAUUGCAUUAUACAAAGUACUCAAAAACUAAAAUUGAAACAUAGAUUGCAAAAUACUUCUACAUUACCAAAAUUGAAUAUAAAUAGAUAG